CUCUCACUCACACAGUGGCUGCUCGCGUCCCCGAUCGGAGUAAUCGCUGCCGAGGAUCACGAUGUUUCAGUGGAAGAAGAAAAUAUAUAAGGGAGUGUGCCUCACUUUCUGCGUGGUCAUAACAUUAACUGUCUUACAAAGAGGAUCACCACCUGGACUCUUCACCCAGAAGGGAUCAACUGAACUCUUAAAUACUCACAAAAGAGAUGCUUAUCCUAGCAACAAUGGCUUCUGGGCACCCAAAACAAGCAAACACUUCACAGAGGUCCCUCCUACCCAUGAACACCCUUCCGAGUGGGAUGUAAAUUCAAUCAACUGCACAGCCAACUGGAACCUCACCAAGCUGGACUGGUUUAAGACACUGGAACCAAAUUUCCAGCAAUUCCUGCUGUACCGACACUGUCGUUAUUUCCCAAUGAUUAUUAACAAUCCGCAGAAAUGCAACGGGGACAUCAAACUUCUUAUCGUGGUUAAAUCAAUAAUCACACAGCAUGACCGAAGAGAUGUGAUCCGUAAAACCUGGGGAAAGGAAACAGAAGUGAAUGGUAAAAGAAUCCAGACUUUGUUUCUUUUGGGGACAGCAAUGAAAGAAGAAGAACGAGACAAUUACCAAAAGCUUCUUGAGUUUGAGAAUCAGAUAUAUGGGGACAUUCUUCAAUGGGACUUCCUAGAUUCCUUCUUUAACCUGACCCUUAAAGAAGUGCAUUUUCUAAAAUGGAUGAACAUCUACUGUCAGGGAGUAAGCUAUGUUUUUAAGGGAGAUGAUGAUGUGUUCGUUAGCCCAACUAACAUUCUAGACUACCUGGAUGGCAACCGCAAUCCUGACCUGUUUGUGGGAGAUGUCCUGUUCAAAGCACGACCCAUCCGUAGGAAAGAAAACAAGUACUACAUACCCACCUCUCUUUACAACAAGAGCCAGUACCCUCCAUAUGCUGGUGGUGGAGGAUUCGUUAUGGCAGGUCCCUUGGUCAAAAAGUUGUACAAAGCAUCAGAGACCUUGGAGUUAUACCCCAUUGAUGAUGUCUUCCUUGGGAUGUGCUUGGAGGUGAUCCACGUCAACCCUAUCAUGCAUGAAGGGUUUAAAACAUUUGGCAUUGUUAAAAAUAAAAAUAGCAAGAUGAACAAAGAGCCAUGCUUUUUCAGGAGCAUGUUAGUGGUACACAAACUUCUCCCUGUUGACCUUAUGAACAUGUGGAAACUUGUCCACAGUAACUUGACCUGUUCACGGAGGAUUAACAUACUCUAGUGCUUUUGCUAUAGGACCUUUGAUGGGUAAUGAUGAACACCUGUGAGUUAUUGUGUAUUAAUUAAGCUUUGUGUUCCCUGGCAGGUUUAGGGAAAAGCUUUUGUAAAAAAGAUCUUUAUAUGGCCUCUGGGUUUGAGGAAUUUAUGUGAAGUGAGGUUCCUCAAAGAUGCCUAUCCAGGGUACGAAAUGGACUGAAGUUAUAAAGCACAUUUUUCAAGUACUGGGUCUUAAUAAAGUUGUAUCUUGUGUUGGAAAGGCUACAGAUAUAAUAUAUUUCUAUCAGACUCUUCUGAAUGGAGCCUUAUACAACACAAGUCCGUAAGCCUUUUCAUUGGGAAUGCUAUUUACACCACAUGGAACUGUGCUAUGCAGUUAUGUGGUAACCCGCAGACACAUCAAGAUCUCUGUGGAUUUAGUGCCUGGGAGUUAUGUCAAGGACUCUGAAGACAUGACUUCAAAUCAUUUCAUUUUACGUUGAACCUCCAAAUCUAAUGGCAUUAUGUUUUAAUUCUGACUUUAACCAUGAUUGGUUUGUUUUGAAAAUGUUUUCUUGAAAAUUGUAUAUUGUUUUAAUUUAUAAAAGGAAAUUUUAAAUUAA